CGGCGAUCUUUACUUGCGAUCGAUGCGCGCGCGCACACACACGCUCUCUCACACGCGCGCCGGUUUCCUCCCGCUCCGUCGAACGCAUACAUGCACGACGCGUACCGCGCAAUCGAUUCACACACCACCGCGAGAGCACGCCGGAGAAUCCGCAACAACGUCAACAAAAAUAUCUAUAGAAGGUUAAUAGCCAACGGGAGGUGAGGAAAGCGAAGAGGAAGAAGAAGAAGAAGAGGAGGCAAAAAAUACACGACUUACUCCACACGAUCGCGACCGCGCCAGCUUUGCGCCCGUGUACGCGCGCCCGUCCGUCACUCUUCUUCGCGCAACGCGCAAGUGAACGUGUCUCGCACGCGGGUUUGUUUUGUUGUGCUACCGAUAGUUAGGUUGUGUGUGUUGUGUAUCUUUUUUUUGUUUGGUUCGCCCUUUUUCCGCAUCGACUAUCCCCCGCGGUAGCUGUGUGUUAUGCGAACGCCCAAACGAUUCGUGAUCCACGGGGCAGCUUGGUUUUGUGUUCGUUUUGGAAACGCUGAUCGCGAGACAUUUCGUACGUGCAGAUUCAGCAGAAUGUGAGUUUGUUCGAGUCCGGAGGAGGUUUGUGUGUUCAUUUGCCGUACUAUUUGCCAUCACCGUAUUUCGUAAAUCGUCAGCCCGCGGGUUCGGGGCUUUGGCAAUUGUUGAUGGCCGUGCAAUGAUCGUGAUCAUCCAUCCCACGGCAAGCGAAUUGAGUUUGUGUAAACCCCGCAGAUGCAGUGCAGUGAAGUGCGCCAGUGAGUAACACACCAGCUGUGCCGUGUAAUAAUGUUUUGCGCAGGAAAUGCAAUCAAACGUGCCGGGUUUUGAUAUUCUCCAUCAGCCAGGUGAGUGUUUGCGUCGUUCGUUUAUGUGAAAUCGAAGAUCGUUCGUGAAGCAAUUGAAAUCUCAUUCACGCCGUCACGAAACGAGUGUGGCAAGCGUGGCGCAAAAAAUAAAAAAAGAAAGGCGCAUCAGUUCCAACGCGAUUCCAGUGAGCGCGUUCCAGCGACCGCUGGGAAAAAGUAAAUAACAGUGUCAACAGUGUGCUGUACGGCCGGCAAGGUGGUGGAGGGUAGUGUGAUAGGAAAAACAGGUUUUUCCUAACCACCGUCGUCUAAGCAUCGGCCAGUGCCGUCCCAGCCCUUACUGGGACGGGCAGAUUUGUCGCAAGUGAUGUGUGAGUGUGUAUGUGUGUGUCCGGUGGCAAAUAUUUCAAGAUAAACCAAGUUCCCCGGAUCGGGUCCCGUGCCUAGGGGUUGCUGUUAGAAGAAGCGGUUCGGCGCAGAAAACCCGGUGACCGUGAAAUCAUCCGUUUCUUUGCCAGCAACAGCAAAAAAGAGUUUCUUGGCCAGGCCACCGUGGAAGGUGUGAUGACACAGGGCGAAACGUAAAUCUAUGGAGGAUAAUUAACACUUUUGCCAUUGUGUUGGGUGAAAAGCGAUAGCCCUGCUUUUCAUCAAACAUAACAGUACGUGCCCGAGGUCGACGGAUAAGCGUUUCGGAUCCGAACGUUGCUAUCGGCAAAAACCAGCCGCAGCAGCACAGCAGCAGUCAGCGACCGGAAAAUGGUGUGAAAAAAGUCAAAACUAAUCGAGUGGUCCUCUUUAUCACCACGGCAACCGGUACGGUUGGGGCGGCUUUGUCGUCGCGUGAAUAACAUUGAAGCGAAAGUUGUUUUGUGCACUGUGUGCUGGUGCGCGCGAAAACGAUUGUUCGACCGCCGGAAGCUACCGGGCCAGGCUGUUUUGGGUGAAAAAUCGCACCUUCCGCACGAAACACGGGGAUAUGGGAAUCGAUGGAACGGUACAGCAGCAGCAGCCAACGCCAACGAAAUGAAAAAUGUCUUCGCUGAGGAAAUCCGCAUCGUUUCGUUCGAGAAUUCCUGUGCGCCGAACUCGCCUACCGCAUAGACGCUGUACUAGUCCGGACAACCGCCAGGCCGGCACGGGCCCGAUCGGCAACAGCCACGGUUCGGAAUCGUCCAUCGCAACCGCACUGAACGACGCCGACACAGGGCUGUUUGGGAAAGCGGUUGGCCAGCAGCCAAAAGCGUGGUACGAUCGCAGCCAUUGCUACUCAUCCUCGAGCUAUUCGAGCAGCGACGAAAGCUACGACUCGGAAGCGGCUCCAUUUCAGCAUCUCCUGAAUCAAUCAUCAUCGGUGGUGGCAACCGGUGCUGGCGGUCUGUACGAAAGGCCGACACAGGAGCACCAACAACGGCAACCCGAACUGCCGUACCAUCAUCAUCAUCAUCAGGUGCCGCCGUACGGUCAACAGUUUGAGCAACCGUUCCUGCCGCACCAGCAGCAGCAGCCCUCCUUCGCCACGUCCAGCUGUUUGAGCACCUCGACCGAUGCCAUGAGCCUCGACGGACUGCUGGAUUGCGUCAGUACGGGAACGUUCUCCUGUCCGCCGUCACCGAAAUCGAAAUCAUAUUUGGAUACGGAAGAUGGAGGUCGCCAGUCCGGAUUUUACGAGUCGCUGGAAGAGUUAAACUACGCCCUCAAGACGCUCAUAAUAUCGGACUCGUUUCAAGCGCAACGAAACAACCGGAACGCAACCGCCACUGGUACCGCCGCCGACCUCUGUGUCCCCUUGGCCGAUGGGUCAAUUUCCCAAUCCGGUACGAUGGAAUGUAAGGACCAAUUUGGUGCAUCGCUGGAAAAGGGCCAGCAGAGGCAAGGCUGCUACAAGGCGGGUAGUGAAAAUCUCGACGCACCCAAGCAUCUUCAGCAGCAUAAGCAGCAGCAGGUAGAGCAACCGGUGGAGCAGGCCACGGUGGAGGAGGAUGAUGAUCUAAUUAAGCAGCGGAAGCUGAGCGAUUGGUAUUACAUCAAGACAGCGCCUUCCAAGAAACCGUCCAGCCCGUUCGAGCGUCGACGGGCCAACGGAAGCCGCGUAGCGCAUGAGGCAGCACGCCGGGCGGGACGCAUUCCACCGACACUGACGCCCCGGGCUUCAAAUCCGGACCUGGUCGGCGUGGGUGCUGACAGUAAGCAUCCUUUGCCGGGAGUAAUCGCACCGGCAAGAACGGUCCCGGGUGACGAGCUGGGUGAUCGUAAAUUUCCCUCGCCCGUUCCACGACCGCGUCGGUUGCCGCCGGCCCUACCGGCAGACACACAGCUAAGCUGGGAGCAGGAUGGUCGUUGGCGUCAGCAGUAUCCCGGUGCGGUGACCAAAUCGGCUUCCUCGUCCAGCGUCAACAUGGGACUGCGGGGGCAUCUCCAUUCGCUGGGCGCUGCUGCGUCUGCUCGAGGCCUCGGUGCUGCCGCUCGACUGCACUCCAACUCGGACCUGCAGCAGGCGGGAACGCGCAAAGCCAUUGCUCCGGCACUGCUGCAGGACGACUCGCUCGGCAGUCUGGAGGACAGCACGUUGGCACCGUACGACGCAGCCGACGAUCGGGAGCGAUUUUCGCCCUACUUUCGACGACGCAAUCCGCACCAGCACGCACCACAAUGGUUUCCGCCGCCACCGCCACCGCCUUACCACUAUCCGCACCAGCACCAGCAGCAGUUUGGCCAUCCGGCUCAGCAACGGAAUAUUUAUGAGAACUUUCCCGCAUCGGCCAAUCAGCACGCGUCAAUGGCAGGGCACGUGAACAAUCGGGCAGCAGAAGCGUCUGAAGUGUCCACCCCAACAGCCCGACCCCGGACGACCACUCACUCUACCGCACCGGUCUCCAACGUUCACCAUAGCCUCAACAACCGUCCCGCACCGGCCCUGUACGGCAUCGAGGAGAACGAAGUGUUCCAGUACAAAGUGCCGCUCGCGUCAACCGGCAGUGACAAGCGACCGCUGCCCCGGCCUCCAAUCGACACCGACUCGGACGAGGAGUCGCCCGGCCACCCCGGACAGCAAGCGCCGGCGGAGAAAAAGAGCUCUCUAACGCGGUGCUAUCCAACGAAAUCGCAACCAUCAUCACAACCGCCACCCAGCCAGCUGCCUAACCCAGCCCAGCCAAAGUCGACGACGCAGAGCACGGCGAGCAGCGCGACCCCGACGACACCGGCGCCCUACCGGACGGACUAUGAGCUGUCCGGGUCGUACGUGUCGCUCGAGUGCCCGUCGCCGCCCGGUCCGCCCGCCUGCGGACCCGACGGGCGCCGGGGCGAUCCGCAGGCCCGGCUGGCCAACUACCUGCGCACGCUCUACACGGAACUAGCUUUAAAGGAGCCGGUGCUGCCGAGCUGGGUGCACCCGGUCGCGCCCGGCGUCCUCUGUCCGGCCCGGCUCGAGCCCGAGCUGCGCCUGCACAUACACUCGCACGGUCUGAACGAAGCGAUCGGAGUCGACCAGAUCCUGACACCGGUGCAAACCAAAGAUGGGCCGUUCCUGGAGGCACCGCGCCGCGUGCUGAUCGAGUGUCCGCCCUGGGUGACGCGCGGUGCCCUCGCCCUGCGCAUCCUGCACGGCUGGAGCCGUGAGCCGCCCUGGCCACCGCGCGGGCAGCCGGUAGCGCUUGCCCUGUUCCUGCCGCUGGCCGAGCUGCGCGGCACGAUCGCGAACUACAUCGGCAAGGAGCUGCUGCCGCGCGGUCCACCCAACCCGUUCGCGAGCGGGUUCGGCGGGUUCAGUGCGGCCUGGAACUCGCUCGAGGCGCUCAAGGGCAAGCUGCUGAUCGUGCUCGACGGCUACGACGUGCAGUGCAAGACGCGCAAAAGCAAAACCAUGCCCAGGGACGUGAUCGACCUGCUGGAGGGACGGCUCUUCCCGGAGGCGCGCGUCAUACUGAUCAGCGUGACCGCGUCCUGCACCGAACUGCUGCCGCUGAUGCAGCGACAUAUCACGUUCGAGGGGCUGGUGUGGGGUCGCUCGGUGUCGCUGCUGGGCGGCGGGCAGUGGGGCGCCCCGACGCGCCUCAUCGACACGGUGCAGUCCUGCCGGCAGCUGCGCAACAUCGCGCGCACCACGCUCGGCUGUCUGGCGAUCGCGGCCAUGUACGAGUCGUCCGGCGGCGAGCUGCCCACCGACGAGCUGGACGUGAUCGCGUCCGUGUUCAACUGCGUCGCGGCCAACUCGUCCCACACGCAGGUCACCGAGCUGGGCCGACUGGCGCUGUUCUGUCUCAAGACGAAGCGCUCCACGGUGACGGCGGCCGAGCUGAAGAUGUACUGCUCCGCGCCGGAAACGAACAUCGCCGGCUGUCUCGAUCGGGCGCAGCUGUUCGGCCGCACCGCCAAGCGAAAGUCGGACCACUACUACACCAUCAUCUGUCCCGGGCUGGCCGAGUUCCUGGCGGCCAACUACAUCGUGUCGCUCGCGAACCGCCCCGGCCUGCUGGCGGCGGAGAUCGCCGGCCUAGCGGUGGGCGACGAGGUGGAGCCGGAAAUCCUGAAGGUGCUCAACUUCUCGAUGGCCCUGCUGGGCGCCCGGGCGCACCUGCUGCUCUCCAAGCUCACGCCCCUGUGGCUCAGCCCGCAGACGAUCUUCUCACUCGCGCUGGCCGGCGGCGAGACGGAGGCGAACCUGACGGCGCUCUGCGAGAUGCUGGGCAUCUCCAAGUCGCCCCCGGUGCCGCCGCUCGAGGCCAAACCGAUCUGGGUGUCGAUCAAGUCGACGCUGUCCGAGCUGCAGGGCUGGGGUCUGGCGUUCAAGAGCCCGACCUGCACGCUGAAGAACCUGGAGCUGGUGUACCAGAUGGAGAAGAACCUGCUGCUCGAGUCGCGCAACGUGAUGGACAUCUUUCUGGACGCGCUGUCCAAGAACGAGAGCGUCACCACGCUGCGCAUCACGUCGCUGAUCGAGAACGAGGUGCGCGACUCGGACAUCAACUAUCUGGCCAGCUGCAUCUCGAAGGCGCUGCUCAAGCCGCGGCUCGAAAGCUUCGAGCUCAUCCUCACGCUGCUCGAGGAGGACCCGCCCAUCCUGAAGCUGCAGUCCGUCGUCACCGCGCUCUGCCGCACAAUACCGCGUCAGCCCAAGCUCAGCAACCUGUCGCUCGACCUCGGCCUGUGCACCUCCCAGCUGGUGCAGAUCUGCGCGACGCUCGAGAAGUGUCCGCACGUCACGCGCCUCUCGCUGCCCCAUUUGCGCUGCGAGCGGGGCGCAGUGGGGGCGCUGGCUGCGCUGCUUACCGUGCGGCCGCUGUCCUACCUGGGGCUGCCGUCGAGCUGGGGCGCCCGGGACGACCCGCCGUCCUCGAGCGGGGUCAGCAUGGGUUCCGGGUCGGGCAGCAGCAGCGGCAACUCGGGCCUGAUCAAGCAGUCCUCCCUGACCGGGGCUCCCUCGCCGCGCUCCUACCCGGCCGGCAUCUUCUCGUCGCUGCCGCGCGGCGUGCUCAGCUCCACCGCCAACAUGGGCCGGUCGGCCACGCUGCCCCGCCAGCCGAUGGAAGGCCCACCGGACAAGCGCAGCACGGACUCGGUCAUUUCGCGUACCUGGUACCCGACGCCGGCUUGCGACGGCGGCCCGCACAACUCCGGCACGCUACACGAGCUGCUGCUGGCCGCCCGCGACACCUACUCGCGGCUGCACGGGCUGGACCUCAGCAAGGCACAGCUGUCGCUCGAGGACUCGAUGUGCCUGGGCGAGACGGUGCGCGUGUCGACGACGCUGCACUCCAUCAAGCUCGAGGGUGCGUCCCGGCUGAGCGAGAUCCUGCCCACCGUGCUGGGGGCCAGCGAGUCGCCCUGCCUGCAGAUGAUGAGCCUCGGAUCGCCCCGGAUCGCGCUCGAGGAUGCCGCCGUCGGCAUGUCCGCACGUGCCUUGGGCAGCUGCAUCACCCUGCGCCUGCUCAGCCUGGACGGCUGGAGCUUCAGGAUAGAGAACGUCGGGACGCUCGCCUCGGUGCGGGGCUUCCUGUCGCUCACGUCGGUCCGCGAGCUCGGCCUCAACAACUGCCGGUUGAACAUGUCCAUGUUCAAGAGCGAUGUGCCCGUCCAGUCCGGUGCGUACGAGUGCCGGUCCGUCGUCAACCUGAAGCUGGCCGGUGCACAGAUCAUCUUUGCCGACCAUCUGUCGAUGAAGGGGCCGCACAUGUUGCCGUACCUGGUCGGGUUUGUGAAUCUGCGGGAGCUGGACCUUUCCGCACCGUCCAGGACGGGCUUUGGCAGUACGUCCUCUACGCCGCUCAUACUCUCCGACAAGGACAUCGUCGCUUUCUUCAACACGCUCAACAACCACUUCAGCCAUCUAAACACACUGAAAAUGUGCAACUGGAUCAUCCACCUGGACGAAGCGGUGCGGACACUCAAGUCCGUCUCGAAGCUGCUCAAAUCCAGCCCGCUCAGCCACAUCAAGCUGGACGGCGUGGUCGUGAUGGACCGGCCGAAAAAGCAGCGCAUCGAGCCCCAGUUUCUGCACGCGUUCCUGGCCAACCUGCCUCUGCUACGAUGGCUCGGCACCACGCUGCACGGGCUUAGCGAGGAACAGAUAACGACGCUCGGCAACUACUGUGGCGAUAUGCGCGGCAUGGAGAUCGACGUGAGAUUAUCCGACUCGACGAUCGAAAAUGCGCGCCUGAUGACAAGCAGCCUCGGAAUGGAUGGCAAGUUUGACAUUCGCGUCUCCACGUUCGGUACCACGAACAGCAUACUGAUCCACAUCGAGAAAACUUCGACGAAAAGUUUAUCCCGUAAAUAAUAACUAGAGUCACGAUUUAUGGUUCUGCCGCACGCCGCUCACUGGGUGGGGCUUGGAAAUCGAAGGCUAGAUUUCAGCCGGAAUAGCCGGAUAGCAGGAAAGGAUUUUGGGUAGGAUUAUAACGGCCCGAAGCGGUGGUAGAACACACGCUGGUCGUCGACACGUGGAUGUGUUGUGUGUGUUUAUGUGUGCUUUUAGUGAACAGAUUGAUGGGAGGGAUGGGAGGAAUUACAGCCAGACCCAGUCUCAGUGUAACCGCGAUUGGCUGGCACUUCACCAUGCGGAUGCGUUAUUCCGAUUUCAUCUGUUAGGAUGUCUUUAUAUCUUCUCGACUCUUGUCUUUUGGCGCACUAUCAAACACUUGCUCAUCCCUCUCUCUCUCUCUCUCUCUCUCUCUCUAUCUCUUCUCACACUUUCUCUCUAUCACUCUUUCGCUGUUAACGCUUAUCACCUUUGAAAAAUGAUCCCAAACCAACUGAGAGUCAUGGAUCAUAUUCAUGUAACAUGUUAUUGCAAGGGCUGUAUAGUUGUUGCAUAGUUAUGGGCUUAUCGAUACACAAACCACAUUUAAAAGAACAACAGAUCUGUACCGGCAAGCAAAUGCACUGAAUAGUAAAACCAUCUUUACAACUCGAAAAACAACCUAUCUCAUCAAAUCUGCUAGAGUAAAUUCUUAUUUUGGACCUUUGUUAGAACAAUUGUGUUCUAAAUAGUUUAUCAAAUUUGCGUAACACAACACGCUCGAAUCGAUAAUUGUUGGGUGAGCUUUUGUAGCAAAAACGCCGGUAAAAGCUUUUGACAAAAGCGUAACUCUAGUUUUCUUUUAUCUCGUACAUCUUGCAUGCAUGCAUUGGUGGGUAUAGGAAUUUUAAUUAUCAUUUUUUUCGGAACUUCCCUGUUGCUUGACACAGUAUUAAAAAUACCAAUAAAGUAUAGAAGCAUUUUUGCUUGUUUUUUUUUCUGGCCCUGACAACAUCAACUCAAACGGUUUCUCUUGAACACACCUUCUCCUGACGAGCUUUCGAACACAUGGUUCUCAGCUUUUCGCCUGCAACUCACAUUUUCAGGUGCAUAACAAACAAACAAAAAUGCAUACCUAAAAGUAGAUCGAAAAAAGAGACCCCAAUUAACAAACGUGCAGCGCCAUGCACGAUGAAGUACCAAAAUUGAGUAAAAAACUUGAAAGGGCAGAGAGGGAAGUGGUAUCUUUGAACAAAAAAAGGAAAAAAAAACGUACAAGCGUAGUAGAAAGAAGACAAUAUUGUGAAAAAAAAAGAUUAUGAUGCGUGUUGAAACUUGAAUAUGAAAUAUUCGUUUAAUUUUUUUAGCUAUUUAUAUACACGAAGAAAUGAAAAAAGGAGAAAACAAAACGGUGAAAAAGCGUACUACAACAAAGCGACGGAAGAACAAAGGAAGAGUCGAGAGAAAAGAAGGGACAAAAGAGGAGAUGAUGAGAUGAGAAAAGUAGAACUAAAAAAAAAAAAUAAUACACACACAUGUAUAGGAGUUAAGAAGGGGAGCAAUAUUGUAUUUGUGGGCUUGUUGCUGUUUAAAAUAAAUGUCCUUGUGUCCUGUGUCGUGCACUCGUCUCUUCAAAAGAACAGUGUGGUUCAAUAACAGGAGGGAAAAGAUGUCGAAAUUACACACACACAUACAUUUAGAUAGGCUUGCGAUAGGAAAUUGUAAAUGCUUCCCUAAAGCAGUAACGAAACGUGUUUCCUUCUCUCUUCGCAUGCAGAGAAAGAGAGGUAGAGGGAGAGAAAAAAACACACGCACACACAAGGAACUCAACUUCCUUAGAUUUGUACAUUAUAAACAUUUUAUCUGUUGUGUAACGAGGAGUUUCAAUGUUGAUGUUUAACAAGCCGCCCAAUAAGGCGCAUAUAAGAUCAGUUAGUGCGAUAAGAUAAGAGGAAAAGCAAACCGCGGCACUGCAGCACGAAGAUGCAUGAUGAUCGUUGUAUUUUAAGCUGAAACCGAUCGUAUUUGUAAGACAACGUAGAAAGUAUUCUAAACUAAAAAGGAAGACACGUGUCUGGUUGUGGGUAUGCGUGCGCGUGCGUGUGUGUUUGAAUAUGCGCAAGUGAAUGUUUGCUACAGGCGCGAAUAAUAAGUAGUUCGCAAACGUUCGCCUCAUAAAAUGAAUGGAUUGAGAGAAAAAAGCGACCCUGUACAGUAGUGUCGUGCACACCUCCUCCUGGUAGGAGGGACGCUGCAAGUUGUAUAAGUUUUAAGUAUUAUUUAUCCGGUGUUGCCUAACGUUACGAUCCGAUGUCGAUAGUUUAUUAAGUGCCGCCGCGUUCGUGUUGCGCAUAUAUUUAUCAGCUUUAUUUCUACUUCUGUCCAUGCUCGCCUGUGAGCAGAGGCUAGGAGGAGUUUGUUACAAUUUAAUGCACGUAAUUAUGUUGUACGGUUAAAAUGUUAAUUUUAACCAUUCACAGACAUUAAGAAAAGGGAAGAGCUUUUGUACGGCUGCAUUGCUCAGAGUUACGGCGGCGCGGGAAAUGGUUUUAGCUAACGUUUAUCACACCCGCACAGUUGCUGUGUUGUGAAUCAUUGGGUCUAAACACAAACAGAAAAAAAAUGAUAAUGUUUAGCAGAAAAGGUGAACAAUAAAGGAAUCUAUCUUAUAAAUCUCAAUUGGCGCCCGAAAACAGUGUCGAUUUUCUAUUUCAAAACAUUGCUCAUAGAGUGCGGAAUCAGUUACAAGUGAAUACUAAUUUAGUGUAUGACCUUUAAGAGGAAGCUAUUGCAGUGCGGAAAGCAUACCGUCAGGAGCAAAUCGCUCAUUUCUCGUUUGUACGGCAAUGUUUUCUAGGGAUCUGUUAACGUAUCCAGUUGGCUAGUACUGUACCGCACACCCAUUGUUAAUGUUUAGCUUCACUGGAAAAGAUGGAAACUUUUUUUUAAAAUAAAAUUUAAAUGAAACUAUUUA